UCUUACUAUGUAAUAAUAUUUACUGUAUAGUGUAUACCAUGUUUUACUGUUAUUAAUUAUUAUUAUUUAUUUCCUCUGCAUAUAAGUUUAUCUAUAACGCAAUACUGUAAUAUUAUAAUCUUUUAAUAAUGUCAGAAAAAGAAGUAUCAGUACGUGGUAUGCCAAAGUGUGGAAGAUUUUGGAAAACACCUAAAACCAAAUUUUCGUCAAUCAAUAAAACGAAGGGUUUAAAAUUGUCUUUUGAACGUAAACAAAAACUGAGGGAAGACAUCAAAAAAACUAGAGAGCUGUCUAGAGCCUUGAUUAAUGAAAGAAAUGCAGAAAACGAGGCUAGGAAAGAACGACGACGCGAAAAUAUCAAACGACGGGCAGAAAAUCAAAGAAAAUCUGAAGUUGUUCAAGUGAUUAAGAACCCUGCCAAAAUCAAGAGGAUGAGGAAAAAAGCAAUGAGACAAAUUGAGAAAAGAGAUACGUUAAAUAUAAAAUAAUAUUCUUAUUUUUGAAACAUAACUAAUUUAUUAUUUUAAAUAUAAAAUGUGCUUUAAAUA